CAGCAAAUCAAGCCCGGGAAACAAAACAGAGAAGCUCUGGUCUUGAGUGUUCGCUCUCGAGAGAGCGAGAGAGAGAGAGAUGAGUACGAGCAUGGCGGUCGCAGAUUCUGUGUGGAAGAAGAUCGAGUCGACGAACUCAGUCACGAACGAGCAGUUGUCGAUCUUGCAUUUCUUGUUCGGCAAGAACUUGGAGCGAGCGACGAGGAUAGUGGACCAACGAGGCGUGAAGAGGAUCUCCGGCGAACCCAGUGGGCGCUCCAUCUUCCAGGUUGUAGGAGAAUCUCGGAGAAAGGAGGAGUACUUGUGUUUCCCGGAACAUUAUUGUGGCUGUUACUCGUUCUUCUAUGACAUUGUCAAUAGAGGCGAACAGCUUUGUUGUAAACAUCAACUGGCCGCCAGACUUGCUGCAUCGCUCGGAGCUUGCACUGAAGUUAGAGUCUCCGAUGAGCAGCUAGCUGUCUUAUUCUCCAAUCUCUGAGCAUGCUGUUGAAGAGGUAAAUGCAUCCAAGUAUAACAGCCAGGUAUUUCCACGUUGUUCCGAAGGAGCGUGGGGUCAAUUAUAAUCCUACUUGCAGGAGUGUGAGAUUUGGCAAUUGCAAUUUGAUCGAGCUAAUACGGGUUCUCAUUUUUACUAGAGUAGAGGAGGUUCUUCGGGCAUAUGGGCAAUAACAGCAGCAUCUAACACAGGGUCUCCUUAUCUUGCAGAACCAGUCAUGUCAGGCUUAUGGGGAGCAAGCGUAUUCUCAAACUUUGAACAUGGACUACUUGGAGAAGUUCAAGCUUAUUUUAGCCUUAUGCAACUCCUUGGCAUCGUAAGGUGUAACAGUCAAUGUAUGGAGCUUGCUCUAUGAAUUGUUGACUGCAGGCGCCU